GAAGACCUUCAGGAUGGAGGUGCCCUUCUCAGACCCGGUGGUCUUUAAGGAGAGAAGGGCGGAACAAGGUGUCACAACCUUCACGCUUCAGCUGAUCUACGGCCUGGUCAUCUUUCCAGAGUACGCUCCUUUCUCUCACUCUGCCGUUGUGGACGCUGUACUGCUGGACAUUGUGCCACCCUCAGUCACUGGCAACUGUGAUCAGGAGAACUUCCACAUCACUGUGGACUACAGGAACCAAGAGCCCUUUUUUGUGGUCUUGGUUGGCAAGCGGCUGCUUAACCAUGAGUUUGCUCAACAGUAUUUAACAGAGGGCGACACAGACUUCACCAUCACGUUGCCCUUCUCUUCGCCGGACGCAGUGUUUGAGUCGGUUCACUCGUCCUCUGUCAGGAGCAGACUGGAUGUGGCUCUGUUGAAUCCUUACAACAACAUGACCAUCAAAUACUUUUCCCUGGCUUGCAGCUUCCUCAAAACGCUGACUGAGUGUUUCUCUAACGGAACGAUGACUGCGCUGGCAGUGAAGGUGGAGUCUGCUCCCGGUCUGAACCCCGGUCAGCUGACCCUGAGCGACCCCGCCUGUGGUCCCACCUACAGUGACGAUCGCUUCGCCUACUUCCACUUCACUGUGAACUCCUGUGGCACCACCAGGAAGUUUAUCAACAAUGUCAUGCUGUAUGAGAACGAAAUCUCCUUGCCAGAUGAACUUGAGGUGAAGCUGAAUGCCACGACGUCUUCAGAGGAGGAAUAUCAGUUAAAGGUUUCCUGCUACUAUGUGGCCAACAUCACUCGCACAUUGGCCUUUCUGACCAGGCCGCGUGACAACGAGCCUUUUGCCGAGACUGGGACGGGUCGACUAAUGGUCAGAAUGAGACUCGCUCAGGACGCCUCGUAUAACACGUUCCACCAGGAGGAGGACUAUCCAGUGGUGAGGUACCUUAGACAGCCUCUGCACUUUGAGGUGGAGCUGACCACGUCCUCUGAUCCCAAGGUAGCGCUGGUGCUUGACCACUGCUGGGCCACCCUCAACGAGGACCGUGACUCCCGACCCCGGUGGAAUCUCAUCAUUAAUGGCUGUGAGAACCCCGAGGAUCCAUACCGUGUGGUCUUCCACCCGGUAGAAGCUGACGCCAGGGUCCACUUCCCCUCUCACGUCAAACGCUUUGAGGCCUAUAUGUUUUCCUUCGCCGAUGAUGCGGUUGAGCCGAGUGGCCAGGUCUUUGUCCAUUGUGAUGUGGUCAUCUGUGAUGCCAGUAGUCCCACUGGCGGCCCCUGUAGUGGACAAUGUGUGAAUCAGGACAACCUGAAAAGAGGUCAACAACAUGUCAAAGACCUCUUUGAGGAGCGUCAUGUAUAUGUUUCUUCUGGAUACAUUCUUUGGGUGUAAUGUAUUGUUCUAACAUGACAAAUAAAGUGUUCUCUAUUAAACAAUCCUAA